AUGGCGCCGCGCAAGAACGCGCAGUCAACGGCUGCCGAAAUAUCACUGGUACAUCUACAGAACUGUUUUGCAAACCUGCCCCAGUCGCUGGCCUCUUUGCUCGCCAACGUCAACACUCCCGCUCAAAAUGUCAUUGUCGAACUCACCUACCGCGUCCCUACCCCUCCUGGCUCAGGGGCUGCAGCAUCGUCCACCAAGUCCAUCUACCUAGGAUGGACCGGCAUGCCCAGCAAGCGCAGAGUCGCCCCGAUCGUAGACAGAAACGGUAUCAAUGGGUCAAGAAGCGGCCGUGAUCAGGAAGUUCCCCUCGUGGAAAUCGACGCAACGCUGGCUGCAACCGUGGGGUUGAAGGAUGGACAAAAGGUCACAGCGACGAUACACUUCGACCCCCCUAUGGCGACCACCGUCAACAUUGAGCCUCUGACGCCCGAGGACUGGGAGAUGAUUGAAUUACAUGGUAGCUUCCUGGAGGACAACUUGUUGUUCCAGAUCCGCGCGGUACCAAAUCCCACUUAUGCGCCUGGAGGCGUUCUUGCUGGUGCGCAUCCAUUGACGCUUCACCUCUCACAAACGUCGACCGCGAGCAUUAAAGUACUUUCCCUCGACCCCCCACUGUCGGCAGAUUCCCCCUUUGCCAAGAUCGCCCCCGACGCCGAGGUUAUCGUGGCCCCGAAGACCAGGCAAAAGCAACGAAGUAGCAAGGACAACAGAAGUGUGGGCGGUGCCUCGAGGAAGAGUGGAAAGAGCACAGGGAGUUCCAGGCGGAAAAGUGUCAAAGAAGAGAAAAGGCCAGUUCUGUUCUUCCGCAGCGUUGACAAGAAAAACUGCCUGGAGUGGUUUGACGAGGGAGUAGAGGUGGACGAUCUCAGUGUGUGGGUCGAUACGGAUAUGCUCUUUACCAAGGAGCUGAAAGGAGUGAACUAUGUUGCGGUCAGUCUGGUGCGCCCAGCAGGACUCCAACAACCGCUCGAUUCGCAGACACAACCUCAGGAGGCAGACCCAGCAUCCAAAGCAUCCACCAAAAUCAUUGCCCACCUGCGUUCUUGGGAAGAGCCGCCAGAUGGACAGACCGCAGCACUCUCAACCAGUCUGUGUGCCGCUCUCGGCUGCCAGGGACUUGUGGGAGGGGUUGUGAAGAUUGAGCCCGCCCCUACACCGUUGCCAAAGAAGACGCCAGAUCAGGAGGGAAUCAACCGCGAUUCGGUUCAAAAAAUCAAGGUUUUCCCCUUUCAAACAACAAAACCUACGAUAUCAGCAGGCCUCAAAUUUGGUGGACAGUCGAAAGCCGAGCGCGAAGAGGGUGCCAAUCAAGUCAAACAUAUCUAUGGCACCGAGGGUAAUUCAUUGCUGGCUGGACCGUUGACGGAUGGCCAGGUUCUCGGAGUUCACGAUGGCAUGACAUUCCCACGAGGUUGGGAAGGUGCUGUUGUCCGAUUUGAACCUUCUCAGCCAACCUCUCAGAGUGGCAAGAAGCCCCUGAGCUGGAUCUUGGGAUCAGAGUGGAGGUUGCCCAUCUCCAUUCAACCACCAAUUCCUAAGCCUGCUUGGCUUACUGAGUUUGAAGCUGAGCUAGCCACUGAACCGUCUGAUUCUCUGCUCGUAGGCAUCGACUCGUUGCUUGACAAGCUCAAGACUCAUGUUAUGCAUAUGUCUUCGGUUCUCUUGACAGGCGGUCAGGGUGCUGGCAAGACCUGUGUGGCACAACACAUUGCCCAUGCUUUGCGGUCAUCUCAACUGUUUCACACCACUUACUUUUCCUGCACAAAGCUCUUGGGUGAUGAGAGCCGGGUCACCACUAUCAAGGAGACCCUUAACCGUCUGUUUAUGGCUGCCAGCUGGGGUGCCAGGCUUGGUGGCAAGGCGCUCGUGAUCCUUGAUGAUUUGGACAAGCUCUGCCCAGCAGAGACAGAACUCCAAGUAGGCAACAACAAUGCCCGUGCUCGGCAGAUCAGCGAGGCGAUUUGCUCCAUGGUCAAACAAUACUGCGGCCGGGACAGCAAUGUUGUCUUGCUGGCCACCUGCCAGGGCAAAGAGUCUCUUCACAACGUCCUCGUAGGCGGUCACAUCGUUCGUGAGAUUGUCGACCUGGCCGCUCCCGACAAGGAAACCAGACGUCGUAUCAUGGAAGCUCUCACCAAACAAGGCUCCGUCUCUCCGGAAGAUUCCUAUGCCAACGACGAUGACCCCGAAGACAUCAGCCGCCCCACUACCGCAGAUGGCAGCGCCACCGAUGGUGACGGAGACGGCUGGAUGGACGGUCCCAGCCGCCCUCCACGCCAAAACACUCGCGCCAAACCAAGUGGCUUCAUCCUCGAUGCCGAUCUCGACUUCCUCGACAUCGCCGGCCAGACAGACGGCUACAUGCCCGGCGACCUCAUCCUCCUCAUCUCCCGCGCCCGCAACGAGGCCCUUUCCCGCUCCGUCACCUCUUCUCUGUCCUCCAACGUUCCCAAUCCAAACCUAACCACCAUCCACCUCUCCCGCGCGGACUUCACCUCCGCCCUGAAAGGCUUUACCCCUGCUUCCCUCAGAAACGUAACCCUCCAAUCCUCCACCACGACUUUUGCCUCGAUCGGUGGUCUCCAGGAAACCCGCCAGGUCCUCCUGGAAACACUGCAGUAUCCCACCAAAUACGCCCCCAUUUUCGCCCAGUGCCCCCUGCGGCUCCGUUCAGGGUUGUUGUUAUACGGCUACCCAGGCUGCGGCAAAACCCUCCUCGCCUCUGCCGUCGCGGGCGAGUGCGGCCUGAAUUUCAUCUCGGUCAAGGGACCAGAGAUUCUGAACAAGUACAUUGGUGCCUCUGAAAAAUCCGUCCGCGACCUCUUUGCCCGAGCCUCGGCCGCUAAGCCGUGCGUGUUGUUCUUUGACGAGUUUGACAGCAUCGCCCCCAAGAGAGGCCACGACUCGACUGGUGUGACAGACAGAGUAGUCAACCAGCUUUUGACGCAGAUGGAUGGUGCGGAAGGACUGUCUGGUGUUUACGUGCUCGCUGCUACCUCCCGGCCGGAUUUGAUCGACCCUGCGUUGCUACGACCGGGAAGAUUGGACAAGAGUUUGCUCUGUGACUUUCCCAACGAGGAAGACAGAUUGGAUAUCAUCCGUGCGUUGGCCGGGAAAGUGAAGGUAGAUGAAGAAGUUUGGGGGGAUGAGGGGGUGCUGAGGGAGUUGGGGAGGAGGACGGACGGGUUCAGCGGGGCGGAUUUGCAAGCGCUGGUUAGUAAUGCGCAGUUGGAGGCUAUUCAUGAUGUUUUGGGGGAUAGGGAGACUUCUGCCACGGUUGUUACUAGGAGGGGGGAGAAGGGUAACAAGGGGACGGGAAGGACGAGGGAUUUCUUGCAGUUCAAGUAUGGGGAGGAGGAGGUGAAUGGGGAUGUGGGGGUGCCGAAGACGAGGCAGCAGAUGCUGGCUGAGCAGGCGGCUAUUGUGGGGAAGUUGGAGGGGAUUAAAGCUGCGAGGAAGAGGAGCAAGGUUGCGCCAGCGGGGCAGAAGCAGCUGGAGGAUAAGAAGGAGGUUGAUGCUGGGGGGAACAAGGAGGUGGUGAUUAAGUGGGCGCACUUGGAGAAGGCGUUGGAGGAGACGAGGGCUAGUAUUUCUAGGACGGAGAGAGCGAGACUGGAGAGGAUUUAUAGGGAGUUUGUGGAUGGGAGGAGUGGGGAGAUGAAGGAUGGGCAGGGGAGUAUGGAGAUUGGGGGGAGGAGUAGUUUGAUGUAG